AAUGUCCCGAGAUAAAGAAAGACACAUGAUCCCUUUUAGAUUGCCUGGAUUGGGCUGUAUGACGAUGUGGACAGCUGGAGAUGGUCGCUGGCAGAUGGCAGUUUCUACAAAGACGGGGAGACUGAGUUCAGGAAGUGGUCGACUGAUGAACCGAACAAUAGAAACAGUGGCGAACACUGCACAGAGAUGUAUGAUAAAGGAACGUGGAAUGAUAAACGCUGUGAUGAGCUCUCUGCAGCAGUCUGCAUCAAUGCCACUGGGCCAAAUCACACAUUUGUCUUCAUUUCCCAAAACAUGACAUGGGCCGAAGCCCAGAGCUACUGCCGAGCAAACCACAGAGACCUGGCCAGUGUGAGAAAUGAGGCAGAAAACCAACAAAUAAAGGAUCUGGUACCACCGGGACAAAAAGUCUGGAUCGGACUUUUCAGAGACUCCUGGAAGUGGUCAGAUGGAACUAACUCCUCGUACACAUACUGGAACGAUUACGAACCCAAUAACAUAGCUGGGAAGGAGGCUUGUGUAGCAGCAAACAUAGACCCACAUGGCAAAUGGGAGGACUGGAACUGUGAUACGACAGCAGCCUUUAUCUGCUAUGGUGAGUGAUAAUCCAAUGAUUCCAGGAAAAGCUGACAGUCAAAGCUUCGCUGGCUUUCAUUGUUUAAAAAGUUGAAAUGUGAAAGAAUGGCAAUUAUUAUCUCCCAGACAUUCUGUAACUGAUAACACUUGCUAUGUUAUUGUUGUUUUUCUAAGCCGUGCCCGUGGUUAAAAAGCAACUGGUGAGACUGAGGCUGACGAAAAAGGACUCGUCUCUGGAUCUGAACAACCCUGCUGUGAUGGAGAAGCUCUUGAAGCAGGUCGUUCACCUCUGACCUUUGUCAUUUUAAAUUUAAAAAAGGCUAAAUUAAAUGUGUGAUAGACAGUGCAAACAUGUAUAUGUCAUCAUUGUUGAAUGUAGACUCACAUCAUACAACUGAAAACAAUGUAGCAGCUAUGAUUAAACUAUAAGAAGACAAACAUAA